AAAAAAGGCAGAUGAUUCAGCCAACAUUUCUAAACGACCCCAAGCUGAAGAAGCUCAAAGAAGUGCUGCUGGACUGGAUAAAUGCCACCCUGAAGGCAGAACACAUCGUGGUGCUGAGCCUGGAGGAGGACCUCUUUGAUGGGCUGGUGUUUCAUCAUCUCCUGGGCAGACUAGCCAAUGAGCACGUGUAUGUGGAGGAAAUUGCCAUAACAACCGAGGCCCAGGUGAGGAAGCUGAGCAUCAUAAUGGAGAUCCUGAAUGACAAGCUGGGUGUCACCGAGGAGACCGCAAAAUGGAGUGUUUCACUCAUCCACGGCAAGGACCUGUUGGCCACCCUUCAUCUCCUGGUUGCCAUGGCAAAGCGCUUCCAGCCCGACCUGCCCCUGCCCCCCAACGUCAGCGUGGAGGUCGUCAGCUUUGAGGUCAGCAAAAGUGGAAUCAAGUCUGAUAAACACACCGAGCACAUCACCGAGGGUCAGAGCAACCCAGACAAAGGCUCCUCGGACAGCGUCUCGGAGGCGGGAAAGGAUUCAGAGAAGCAAGACCUGAUUGAUGAGCUCAUGCUCCUUGAACCUCAUAAGAUCUCUGCAUUUAAACAGGCCAUCCUUCACUUUGUUAACAAGAACAUGUCACCCCUCGGCCUACAGGUGACAGAAAUAGAGAAGCAGUUUGCAGAUGGUGUGAUGUUGCUGUUGCUGAUUGGGCAGCUGGAGGGCUUUUUCAUCCCCCUCUAUGAGUUCACCCUCAGCCCCUCCUCUGACCCCGAAAUGCUACACAAUGUCACCUUGGCCCUGGAGAUACUCUGCGACAGAGAUAUACAGGUGGACAAUGUUGACGCUCAAGGCAUCGUGUCCCAGGAUGUCAAAGCUACGCUGAGGGUCCUGUACGCAUUAUUCAAGAAGCACAAGAGUAGAUGAACUUUCAAGAGACCAAUGGCAACACAUGAACUAUGAACCGCUCAGCGCUACUGCUACCUCAAGUCAAAACAGCUUGUCCAAACAUGUCAGGAAGACAGAUUCAGAUUAGAUGGCUUUUGUUUUGCUUUCUUGCCCGCUCUGUUUUUACGAAACUGCCUCUCACAUUUAUCAUUCUGUAAUUACCAUUAGUCAAGGGCAUCCAGAGCCUUUGUGCGAUGACCAUGACACAUCCAUCCAUCCAUCCAUCCAUCCAUCCAUCCAUCCAUCCAUCCAUCCAUCCAUCCAUCCAUCCAUCCAUCCAUCCAUCCAUCCAUCCAUCCAGCCAUUCAUCCAUCCAU